AUGCUUGUGGAAGUGACUUGGGGUGUACAAGCAGACGUUCGAGCAACAUUUGACUGCUAUAUAUGCAGUUUGAGAUUGCGCUUGGAUCCAGGCGGCCAGGCGGCCCCAACUUUGAGGGAAAGCAUCUCCACUGCAGGCAAUGCUGAACUGGUCUUGACCAAUUACUUGUCGCUAAUCUUCCAACCGCUUCCGAUUUAUGCGGAACUCGGUCGUGGGAGAAACAUGUCCCUGACGCAUCUACACAGGAUCAGACCUCUCUUGGCAUCUGGUGUACAAUUUCUGCAAGUCUCCCGUCGAUCCAGCUCACCCGAAAUGAAGCUGCACGUGGAUCGUGUCGAAGAAGCGGAUGGCGCAGCCUCGCCGGUUCGCGGUGGACGGCUGCAAAAGUCUGGUAAGGCCAAGCUCUCUCCAGCAAUCCAGCCAAUGAACUAUGUAUUGAUGCAAAGUAUUGCUCAGUCCAAUAAGCAGAGACUCAGGAGAAAUGUUCUAGGGGUGGGCGACUCAUUAGCCCAUGCUCCAUUCCUUUUCGAAUCUGAUCUUCUCCAAUAUCUUUAUAUUUCUUUUUGUAUUCUCUUGCUCUUUGCGAAAUGCGCUCUCUUUUCAGCUGCCAUCUUUUUGUACGUGGAUGCCCAGCGUUCGACAUCAAGCUUGGCGAACUGGCGCAACACAUUGCCUGCCAUUUCUUCUUGCUUGCUGCGUGCUGCAAAUGUCGAUGCACGAACAGUAAACUUGGUCUCGCUCUGCUCAGCUGAGCCAUCCACGAUGGCCCUUGAGUGGAAGCUGAAAGGUGUUGAGGCUGGGUCAAAAUGGCAUUCUGGCAAGAAUCAGCUGCCUGCGGCAGCCUGCGGCAAUAGGCGACGAUAUCCUACCAAUGAGAGCCGCAAUAGAAGACGAAGAGCGGCUUGGGUAAAAUUUGCUGUACAGCGUAUCAACUUUAAUAACAUCAGGACCCAUCGCCAUCUACGCCACCUAACGCCAUGCCAUGUUCCAUAAUCUUCACAUCUUAGCCGAGAAGACGUGAGUCUACUCUGCUCGUUGGUAUACACCAACAACCAUAGCGUGAUCACGCUCGAAAGGCUCAAGUGUAAGCUGCUCCUUUGGCUUGAUGCGCUCUUCCCUGAGCUUCACAACUUCUCUUGCGAACACAGUCUCUGGCGCGGCAGUCGAAUCGAUACAGUUGGCCUUGAUGGAGAUGACAACACCACCGCCAACCUUCAAGAAGUGAUGCGCGUUGAUACCAACAAUACGAGCCUGGUCGGGCUGGGCAACGUCGGCGAAGAUGCAGUCGACCAUGCUGACAAGCAUUCGGUACUUGAGAGGGUGGCGGGCGUCCUCGACGAUAGGAAUAACGUUUGUUCGGUGGGUAGCCAUGUUGAUCAGGUCACGACCAGAUCGGUGGGAGAACUCGACGGCGAAGACCAUACCGGUAGGUCCAACGAUAUCAGCGACGUGAGACACUGAUGUUCCGGAAGCAGCACCAAGGUAGAGGACUCUGCUACCAGGCUUCAUGUAGAUGUUCUCAAGACCACCAAUGAUACCAGCUGCCAACUUGG